AUCCGGCUAGAGGGGAGGCUCCGACGUCUCCUUCCUUCCUGGUUCCUGCAGCAGCUGCUGCCACCGCUCAGCUUCGUGAGGAGGGAGUCGGUGACUCGGAGGCGGUGACUCAGAGGCAGCGCGGCGCGAGGGCCAAGGAGCACUGGUGUCCAUGGACUCUGGGGGCCCCCUCAGGACCCGGUGACAUCCCUCCCCUUCCACCCUGCUCUACGUCCUCAGCAGGGUGUGGCACUCCCUUCUUCAUGGACUUCCAAGAGAGGGACCCUCCCUCCCUGGCCGAGAGCACUCAGUCCUCGAAACCCAGCAGUGUCCAGCAGGCCUUGGAGCUGUGGGAGGUGGUGGAGGAGCCUCAGGGCAGGCUGGGGGCAGAGGGCAUUAUGCCCGAGAGGCAGGAAGGCCACCUGCUCAAGAAGAGGAAGUGGCCUCUGAAGGGCUGGCACAAGCGAUAUUUUGUGCUCGAGGAUGGGAUCCUUCACUAUGCAACAACCCGGCAAGAUAUCGCCAAGGGGAAACUCCAUGGCUCCAUUGAUGUUCGGCUGUCGGUCAUGUCCAUCAAUAAGAAGGCCCAGCGCAUUGACCUUGACACUGAAGACAACAUCUACCACCUCAAGAUCAAAUCCCAGGACCUGUUCCAGAGCUGGGUGGCCCAGCUGCGUGCCCACCGCCUGGCUCAGCGCCUAGAUUUGCCCCGUGGCCUGCAGCCCAGUACCACUCACUGGAAGGUUCCUGGUGCCCAGCUUCCAGCAGUGGCUAAUGCUUCCACCCUACCUGGGGUUGGACCUCGGGAGAAGGUGUCUUCUUGGCUGAGGGACAGUGACGGGCUAGACCGCUGCUCUCAUGAGCUCUCUGAGUGUCAGGGGAAGCUCCAGGAACUACACAGACUCCUCCAGAGCCUGGAGUCCCUGCACCGAAUCCCUUCCGCCCCUGUCAUCCCCACACACCAGGCCUCAGUGACAACUGAAAGACCCAAGAAGGGGAAACGGACCAGCCGCAUGUGGUGCACACAGAGCUUUGCCAAGGAUGACUCCAUUGGUCGGGUUGGUCGUCUCCAUGGCUCUGUUCCCAACCUGUCACGAUACCUGGAGUCUCGGGACUCCUCAAGCCCCCGUGGGCUGCCAGCCCCAGACUACGCCCACCUGCAGCGCAGUUUCUGGGCUCUGGCCCAGAAGGUGCACAGCUCCCUCAGCAGCGUCCUGGCUGCCCUCACCACUGAACGAGACCGACUAAGGGACCUGCACCAGGGUUCAGAGCUGUCAAGGAUAGGGGUCCCUGAGGCCUCCGCUGGCCAGAGGCGCCUUCAUUCUCUGUCCACAUCCUCAGACACCACCGCCGACUCCUUCAGUUCCCUCAACCCCGAGGAGCAAGAAGCUCUGUACAUGAAGGGGCGAGAGCUGACCCCCCAGCUGUCCCAGAGCAGCAUCCUGUCCCUGGCCGAUUCCCAUACAGAGUUCUUUGAUGCCUGCGAGGUUCUCCUCUCCGCCAGCUCUUCUGAAAACGAGGGCUCCGAGGAGGAGGAGUCAUGCACCAGUGAAAUCACCACCAGCCUGUCUGAGGAGGUGCUGGACUUCAGGGGAGCUGAGCGCUGUCAGAAAGGGGGGUGUGUUCCAGGGAGAGCCGCAGGGCCGCCUCGCCGCCGCUGCCUGCCGGCAGCCAGUGGACCCGGGGCUGACGUGAGCCUGUGGAACAUACUGCGCAACAACAUUGGCAAGGACCUGUCCAAGGUGUCAAUGCCCGUGCAGCUCAACGAGCCGCUCAACACCCUGCAGCGGCUCUGUGAAGAGCUGGAGUACAGCAGCCUCCUGGACCAGGCCAGCCGCAUGGCCGACCCCUGCGAGCGCAUGGUGUACAUCGCCGCCUUUGCGGUCUCUGCCUACUCCUCUACUUACCACCGGGCAGGCUGCAAGCCCUUCAACCCUGUCCUGGGGGAGACCUACGAAUGUGAGCGGCCUGACCGAGGCUUCCGCUUCAUCAGUGAGCAGGUCUCCCACCAUCCCCCCAUCUCGGCUUGCCACGCAGAGUCUGAGAACUUCACCUUCUGGCAAGACAUGAAAUGGAAGAACAAGUUCUGGGGCAAAUCCCUGGAGAUUGUGCCUGUGGGGACAGUCAACGUCAGCCUGCCCAGGUUCGGGGACCACUUCGAGUGGAACAAGGUGACAUCGUGCAUUCACAACAUCCUGAGUGGCCAGCGCUGGAUCGAGCACUAUGGGGAGGUGCUCAUCCGAAACACACAGGACAGCUCCUGCCACUGCAAGAUCACCUUCUGCAAGGCCAAGUACUGGAGCUCCAAUGUCCAUGAGGUGCAGGGAGCCGUGUUCAGCCGGAGCGGCCGUGUCCUCCACCGACUCUUCGGGAAGUGGCACGAGGGGCUAUACCGGGGACCCCCACCUGGUGGCCAGUGCAUCUGGAAACCCAACUCAAUGCCCCAAGACCAUGAGCGAAACUUCGGCUUCACUCAGUUUGCCUUGGAGCUGAAUGAGCUAACGACAGAGCUGAAACGGUCACUGCCUUCCACUGACACGAGGCUCCGGCCAGACCAGAGGUACCUGGAGGAGGGGAACAUCCAGGCUGCUGAGGCCCAGAAGAGAAGGAUCGAGCAGCUGCAGCGAGACAGGCGCAAGGUGAUGGAAGAGAACAACAUCGUCCACCAGGCUCGCUUCUUCAGGCGGCAGACGGACAGCAGCGGGAAGGAGUGGUGGGUGACCAACAACACCUACUGGAGGCUGCGGGCCGAGCCAGGCUACGGGAACCUGGACGGGGCGGUGCUCUGGUAGCCCCGGCCCCAGAGGCAGGAGGCUCUGGUUCCUCAUUCCUCCUGCCUCCACCCCCUCCACGGACACAUGGAUGAGGCCAGGCUCCCCCUCACUGCCCUUGAGACCAAAGGGGCAGCUCUGGCCCUCUCUCCCCUCUGCUGGCCAGAGGGGCUGCCUCUCUGCCCAUUUCCCUACCCCACGGUUUGGGGUGAGAAGCAGAACCUGUUUCCCCAAUGUUAUUGUCCCAGACAACCGGCAUGUAAGACCCUUCUGGCUCUGUCAUCCCCUUCCUGUCCCUCUUGGGGCGCUUGGGGGUGACUCCAGGCUCCCAGGAUCUGUCCCCCAUUUCAGUGCCUUCCUAGGAUGCAGGGGGCUCCUUGAUGCUCCCCAGGCUUUCUAUGCCCAGGGCUCUGCCCUGGCUGUGAGGUUGGAGUGAGUGAGGGAGAGGAGAUGGCCUUUUCUCCCCACCCCCUCCGCCCCUCCCCAGGCCCUGUUCCAGCCUCCCCCCCCCCCCCCCCCGGCCUUCCCUCCUGUUCUCCUGGACCCCUUCUCCCAGACUGCAAAGCGCCUGCAGCUUCCAGCUCCUUCGUUCCUGGCCCUCAAGUGAUUCCCUCCUGACUCAGCUCCCCGGAGUGGAGGAGCUGCCUGAGGCGCCUGGCCUCCACCCCUGGCAGAGAGUGCACAGGUGUGAGUGUGAGUUUGCAUAGGAGACUGUGCGUGUGCGUGUGUGUGUGUGCCAGGUCCUGCUUGCAGGCAAGCAGGGCUCCCUCGUGUAGCCUGGACGUCCCCCGCUGGGUGUCCACCACCGUUGCUGCUCUCUUUCUCACAGUCUGCCUCUGACCGAGGUGACUCGCUAUGACAUUCCAAGCUCCAAUAAAGACCGUCCCAGACUUUG